AUGCCUUUUUGUCACACACCUGGUGGACGCCGGGUAUCGCAAUACUGUUCCUUGCUGCUCAAGACAUAUUGGCACUGUGCUCUCCUUACUUGGUUCACUGCUGCCUUCGUGGUUGCUGCUCUUUGCCCCAUGGAGCUUCUGCCCAUGCCGUUCACCUUCACGCUGUCAUUUGAGCGACGGCACCGGACGCAGUCCGGGCCAUGGGCAGCAGUUGUGGCGUUUGUGCUUGCGAUUUGUGCUCUUUUCAUUGCGCCAAAUUCUCCUUGUGCCCAAUCUACAAAUGCUUCUACUACAGCAUGUGGCAUGCAUACAUCAGACGGACCAAGCGCAACGGGACACAGGCAUCUACGGCAUUGGCGGAUUCUUGUUUGUGGCCAAGCAACUUCGAAUUCUGUGGAGCCCCUGAGUACCUGCCUCGCAUGUGGUGCGUAUUCGAGCUCGCUGCAUACCGACGUGCCAAUCCCACCGGCGAGUUGGUCGAUUCUAGCCAAACGAGACUUUCUGAUGCUGUGGCUGUGCGUGUGCAUCUUCGCCUUCCUCUACCUGAUGACUUACUUCACCAAGGUGUUCCAAAGCCUGAAGGUGUGCUUGGGAGGAGCUGUGCCUGGAGUGCAUGGUGUCAGAACGAGCUACAAGGAGCAAAAAGCAAUCCUUGCAGAUCCCUUCCAGCACGAUGCGGUCUCAUGCUCCAGUGCGGAGGAUAGGCGGUUCAUUUUCUCAGCAGUGGGCAUGUCGACUGACAUGGCCAUGCGGCCAUGUGGGGGGCAAAGGCACCAACAUUCUGCUGACCUUCUUCGCCUCAGAGAUCCUGCUUGCCUACAUUUUGAACAUCCUUCUGAUGAUCCUGAUGAAGUCCCUUUUGAAGCUUUGUCAAGUGUUUGCCGAACCGUUCUUCAAGCAUCGCAUUCGAACCGACUGGUUGCACACCAUAGCUGUGUUGCUCGCCGUGGGCAUCCUUGUCUUUGCCGUGUAAACUCCGAAGAGAGUUGUCUACAAUGCCUCCGGCGACACUGGAGUUACCCGAUUUUGAUGUUGGUCGCUGCUUACCUUGCAAUCUUGAUUCUGGUGUGCGCAGUGUGGCUUGUUUGGAAGAAGCUCGAAAUUGUACGUGACCAGCUUUGA